AUGGAGAAAGAUAUGAUCCAGAAUAUUGCAGAAGGGGAAUUCGCAAUUGUGUUUGCUCAUCCUGAAGCAAUUCUUAACACAGUCAGUGGAAAAGACUUGCUGAGCAAAAGACAAUUCAUUGAUCAUUGGGACAUUACCAACCAGUCUGAUGAAGGAGCUGCCAAACAUAUUGGGUCUCAACAACCCCAUGACACCCCAGAAAGCCCUGACCGUACGAAUAUAUUUCUGAAAAAACUUCACAAGUCGAAAUCUGGUGACACUAAUGCAAUUUAUGAAUCAAUUUUCAAAACAGAAUGUGAUGACCUUAAGAAAGACCCCUACAAUUAUCCUGUUACACUCCUGUUCAUGCCUUUGUACUAUAUAAGCCAGGCAGCAGCAUAUCUUAAGCAUUUGAUUGGAGAUGGUGAUAUAACAACGUCUUGCUAUGCAGUUUUGUUUUCCAGACAAGACAAAGUUGUUCUUAAAACAACAGGUGAGGAGCUACAAAUAAAAAAUCCCCGAAUAAGACUGAUUUUAACAUCAUCAGUUGCUGGCAUGGGGUUUGAUCCCCCAAGUGUGAAGAGGAUAAUUCAUGCAAGAUCACCUCGUAACUUGUCCCAGUACCUCCAGGUCGAAGGGGACAAAACAGUUCUGCAAUUCUUAAUUACAACGAAAGAGACAUUGCCAAAAAUAUCCAUGGAAUUCAAGAAGGCAUAG